AUGCUCAAAAUUUUGAGGUUUAGAGUAUCAUAUAGAUUCCUUCAUACUAUCACAAUAUUUGCCUCUACUCUUCAUUCAUUACACGGUCUUCCAGCAACAGACGUUUUUUCAAUAUCGAAUGAAAAUAAAAAAUAUGGAACAGGUUCAUUAUUUGAUUUACCAAGUGCGCCAAUUGGUGAUAAUGAUAAUAUAGAAUUUGGGUGGAAAUUAGGUGUAAUUGUAACGUUGGUAUUAUUAGGUGGAAUCUUCGCUGGUCUUACAAUUGGACUUAUGGGUUUGGAUGAGACCAAUUUACAAGUAUUGAUGGUAGCAGGGGAAUCUAAUGAAAGAAGACACGCUAAAAAAGUAUUGGACCUUUUACAAAAAGGAAAGCAUUGGGUGUUAGUUACUCUAUUGCUUUCAAACGUUAUUGUCAAUGAAACUUUGCCGAUCAUUUUUGAUUCUGUAUUUGGUGGCGGAUGGCCUGCCGUGUUGAUUUCUACUGCGCUGAUUGUUAUGUUUGGAGAGUUCGUCUUAUUUUUGAUGUAUGUCUUGUUCCCAGUAGCAUAUCCUAUUGCUGGUAUCUUGGACUUUUGUCUUGGCGAGCAACAUGGAACUAUGUAUCGGAAGUCAGAAUUAAAAACUUUUGUAUCUCUACAUAAAAAUGGAGGAAUUGAAAGUUUAAAUGAAGACGAAGUUCAAAUUAUUGGUGCUGUAUUGGAUCUUCGUGAAAAACCUGUAUCAGCAAUAAUGACACCUCUUGAAGAUGCUUUUACAUUAAGCGCGGAUAAAGUUUUGGACGAACAAACUGUUGAUGAGAUUCUUUCGCGAGGUUAUUCUCGAAUUCCUGUAUAUGAACCACCUAAUCCAACCAAUUUUAUAGGCAUGCUUCUCGUAAAAAAAUUGAUUACUUAUGACCCUGAAGAUGCUUGGUCGGUCAGAGAUUUUUCACUGAGUUCAUUACCUGAAACUAAUCCAUUUACUAGCUGUUUAGACAUUUUGAAAUUUUUCCAAGAAGGCAGAAGUCAUAUGGCACUUGUCUCGGAAGAUCCAGGUGGUAAUGAAGGUGGUGCACUUGGUGUUGUAACACUUGAAGAUGUUAUUGAAGAAUUAAUUGGAGAGGAAAUAAUUGAUGAGACAGAUGUUUAUGUAGACAAUGAUGAAAUUGAUGAAUCAGCAGAAUCAACAAAACCUCUUAUAAAAACAAAUUAUCAUUCUACGGAUGGUGAUCAUGAAUUGGUUGGAUUGACAAAUGGUAUUAAGACUCAUCAAAAAGAACCCUAA